AUGGACAAUCUACUGCGACGGGAUUAUUUGGAUGGCGUUGACUCGUUGGCGGAAUUUCUACAGUAUAACUUCACAGUACCAUGUAAUGGAGUCAAAGGAAAAAACCAAAUCGAUUGCUCAUUUUCGGAUUUAUGCUCUGGACAGUGUAAUGAUAAUCAAGUGAUCCCAUUAUUCAAUUUGAUCUACCGUAAUGCGUCCUCACGACUUCAUCCGAACUUCCGUCUGACGUAUCCGACAAUGCAUUUGUAUAACGAUGAGUAUUAUGUUGGAGAGCACUUUGCUGGUGUCAAAAUUGAUCCCAAAACUAAUGUAAUCUCCCGUGUCAAAGUGGUCGUUCUCUACUUCCGAACCGAUCGUCAGACUCCUCAAAUUUCCUCAGUCAUCAACGAAUGGGAACGCUCUCUUUUCGACUACGUAGCCCAUUUCAACCAUCCAACUCUCAAUAUGACACUCAAUUCCGAUGCAAUGAUCGCCAGAGAAGUGAGAACCAAUGGUCUCAGCUGUGUUCCAUACUUCGGAGCCUCCGUCAUCGCCGUAGUCCUCUUCAUCUUCGCCACGAACCAACGAGAACACUUCGUCAUGUCUCAUAACAUCGUCAUGGCCAUUUUAGGAAUUGCUGGACCUCUGAUGGCCGUCGGAACCACCUUCGGAUUCCUUUUUCUCUUUGGAUUCCCAUUCAACUCCAUCACCCUUGUGAUGCCAUUUUUAAUCAUUGGCGUUGGUUGCGACGACGUUUUUAUCAUAAUUCAUGCAAUGCGGAAAACGGAUAAACGAGAGAGUUUAGAGAAUCAAAUCGCUGAAACCAUGGAAGAAGCUGGCCCAUCGAUCACCGUCACUUCUGCAACUAACAUUCUAUCUUUUGCAAUUGGAAUCGCUACUCCAACCCCUGCAAUCUCACUAUUCUGUUUGUAUACCUGUAUUGCGGUUGCUGUAGAUUUCGUUUACCAGUUGACUUUUUUCGUAGCCGUUUUGGUUUUCGAGGAGAAGAGAUUGGAGGCAAUGAGAUUAUCGAAAAAGCAAGAAAAAGUCGAGGAAGCUCUGGGAGCACCCAAGCAAGUGUUAUCUAUACAAAACUCGAUUCGCUCUACCGCUGGAGCCCAUCCCCUUCCAGCAAACCCAGAUGGGAUCGUAUCGAGAUACUGUAGAUUCUUAAAGGAUUGGAGGACGAGAGUAGCGCUUCUGUUAAUCCUCUCCGGGUACUGGACAGCGUCGUAUUAUGGUUGUAAGACAAUGGAAAUCAAAAUGGAUACUACGAAUUUGAUCAUGAAGGAUUCGCCGCUGAACAACAUUGCUUGGAUUUACGAAAGGUUUUUGUGGAGUGAAGGGCAAUUGGUGCUAGUUUUUGUCAAUAAUCCACCGGAUCUGGCCAAUGAGCAUAACCAACAUGAAGUGCUAGAGCUGGUCAGGCGGUUUGAGACACUUCCAUACUCAAUGGGCCGUAAUUCCACGUCGAUUUGGUUGAGAUCGUUUUUGUAUCAGAGCUCACUAUAUCAUAACACAAAGGGAUUCAAUGGGUUACUUCAAGAAUGGCUGGAUGACUCGGAAGGGGGCGGAGCCCGAUGGAAUGACAUGCUACGGCUGAAAAAGGCGGAGAAUGGAACGAUUUUGGGAGUUGACAAGUUUAUGUUCGCGACGGCUUGUGCUAUGGGUGACGAUGCAAACUGGGCGACGAGAGAAAAGUUGCAGAAGCAGUGGAGAGGAGUUGCACAUGAAUAUGCACAUUUCAAUGUGACGGUUUUCCAGAGCUACUCAUUCUACAUUGACCAAUUAGACUCAAUUGGCGGCACAACAAUGUCUACAGUAAUCUGGGCCGCUAUAACCAUGGAUUUGGCUUGCCUUCUGAUGAUUCCUGGAAUCAAUUCGAUCCUAACAAGCACAAUCGCAAUGAUGUCUAUAAAUGUGGGCGUUUUUGGAUUACUGUCAGUUUGGAAUGUCAAUCUGGACCCGAUUACAAUGUGCACCACUUUGAUGUCAAUUGGAUUUUCCGUGGAUUUCACUGCUCAUAUAUCCUAUCACUACUACCGUAAUCCGACGAGUUGGACUACCGACGAACGACUGGCAGACGCAUUGAAAUCGAUUGGAUGGCCGAUGAUCCAAGCGGCCACUUCUACCGUACUCUGCAUAGUUCCUUUGAUGUUUAAUUCGAGUUAUAUGGUUUGGGUAUUUGUCAAAACCAUUUUGUUGGUUACGGUUCUCGGAAUUCUACAUGGAAUUAUAUUUUUGCCUGCGUUGUUGCUAACGUCCGGUGACCUGUCUCGAUUAUUUGGAGGAUCGAGUGAUUCCAAAAUACAACCUGAAAAAAAGGAAAAAUUGGGAGAGAUCUCCCAAGCUUCUAGCUUUUCCAGCACGAAUAGUGAGACGGUACUUGUCAAAAAAGACGACUCCACCGAGCUGAAAACCAUUCCACAGGAGCGAGGAUCCGGUUAA